UUAGAAUGAGAAGUGGGACGAGUUUCUGGAUUUGUAUCUGGAUUGUAUCUCUAGCUCCAGUACUAGAUUCUCUAAAGCUGGUUAGGAUCCAGGUUCCAGAUUUGGUUGAAGAGGGAGGGAAGGCUGUUCUAAGCUGCUCCUAUAUCCUGGGAGAGUCUGAGUUUGUGGACAGUGUGAAAUGGUUUCUAAACAGAACGGAGAUCUACAGAAUUGUUCCGGGUCUUAUUGAUUAUAGGGUUGUAAGGUUCCCUGUUCCUGGUCUAGAGAUAAGCUUGCCUAGCUCCGGGUUCCCUAGAACAGGAACACAUCAGCUAGUUCUUGAGAACCUUUCUACACAAGUUUCUGGAACAUAUGCAUGUCAGGUUACAGAGAGUAAACCUCCGUUCCACACAGAGGAGAUGAAGGAUCAUUUACAAGUAUUUGUGCGUCCCACCGGAAGUUUGCGAAUGAGUGGAUUAGAACGAGAAUAUGAUCCUGGAGAGAGGAUAGAGAUCAACUGCUGGACUCCUCCAGCGAUACCUCCACCAAACAUUACAUGGAGGAUUAACGGUCAACUGGCUGAGGGAAUUGGUGCCUCAUGGAAGAGUUCCUGUGAGAAGGUUGCCUUGCUCUACUCGUGCUCCUCAACCCUAUCCCUCCCCUCCUCUCCUAUCCCUCAACCCAAACUAGCCCAAUCCCUGUCCUCCUCGCCUCUUCCCCAACCUAACCCAACCCAAUCCCUGUCCUCCUCUCCCCUACCUGAACCCAACCUAAACGAAACCUUGCCCUCGACUCCGCAGCGCUCAAUCAUGGUUCGGUGUUCAGCCAAUAUUGGAACCAAGUAUGAGGAUUGGGUUGAAGGAGAGAUAAGACUAGUUCUCCCAACCAAUCCUAUCCUUGGGGUUCCACUCACCUCCUUCUCCGUUCUCCUUCAUCAACCCAACCUUUCAUGUUCUCUAGUUUUAAUCUUGCUAACUCAAAUGUUUGUUUAACGAUAUCUUAACGUUUUUUUUUCACCCAAGAAUAAUAAAUCUAUUUUAUCUUUGUAAUAUGCAUUGUAAUUAAAAGAAAAAAACUAGCCAACACAACAAACAUUAACAAUAAUUAUCUUUCUAAAUAAAAAAGAAAAAA